AUGUCGAUACUCCGCCGAAGCCUACACGAAAGCAUCGUACAUGAACCCAAACGAUUGUGGGACCUCGUUUUCUCUGACGAGUUCCAAGUUGAAGGACGGACAUUCUAUCCCCGGAGACGAUCCAUACUGGAAGCUCCAAGCUUGCACUACUGGGGCACGGAUGAUUUGGAAUGGUAUGAUCCAAGUCAAGUAACAACGAAAGGAGGCGCAUUGCGAAUCACGUUGGCAAAGGUCGAUCCUGUUUUUAACCGCAACCUUACAUACAAGUCAGGCAUGGUCCAAACAUGGAAUAAAUUCUGUUUCACAGGAGGCCUCAUUGAGACUUCCCGUUAUUCUGCCGGGAUCAAAACAAUGUCCAUGGUCUUUGGCCUGCUGUGUCGUGCAGGCUUCGGAGCUAGUUUAGAAGGAUUGUGGCCAUACUCGUACGACAGUUGUGACGUUGGCACGUUGCCAAAUCAAACUUAUCCGGGGACAUCCAAGCCGCUCGCCGCUUUACAGAACGGCGAUCCCGCCCAUGGUGACGUAUUGUCAUUUUUGCCUGGUCAACGCCUGUCUGCUUGUACCUGCCCUGGUGAAUCACAUCCUGGCCCAGUCCGUGCAAAUGGCGAUUAUGUUGGUCGUUCCGCACCGGAGAUCGAUAUAUUCGAGGCAACGGUCGAUGGUGGGGUUGGCAAGGUGUCCCAAUCAUCGCAAUGGGCUCCAUUCAACGCGGAAUACAAGUGGCUGAACACCUCCGACAAUUUGAGAAUCUAUGAUUCAGACAUCACUGUGCUGAAUCCUUACCACGGAGGGGCAUAUCAACAGACUACUAGUGGUCUCUCGCUCACGAACCAAGAUUGCUAUGAGCUUGACCAGGGUUGCUACAGCGUGUACGGCUUUGAAUACAAACCAGGGUUCGACGCCGGAUACAUCACCUGGAUUAGUAGCGGCGAGGCUGUCUGGACAGUUUACUCUGGUGGACUUGGGCCCGAUACUGAGACCGAGAUUGGUCCGCGUCUCGUUUCUCAAGAACCCAUGUAUAUCAUUGCCAACCUUGGAUUCUCACUCAAUUUCGGAGGGAUUGAUUUCGCGAACCUCCAAUUCCCUGCGACGAUGUCGAUUGAUUACAUCCGCGUCUACCAGCCUUCAAAUGCUCACAAUAUUGGAUGUGAUCCCCCCGACUUUCCGACUGCCACUUACAUUGAGACAUACAAGGACGCUUAUACCAACUUUAACCUCACUGGGUGGAGCUUCCCCAACUAUAAUCAGACAGUACCUAAGAACAGAUUGAACGGAGGGUGCUGAGCACUUGCCAUUCGUGCAUUCACGAGCGUGGAGGAUCAUAAAUUACUGGGAUUUGGCUUAUUUCAUUGCAUAUCAUUUCACAGCAUUACGCACAUUUUACUGAUCAUUCUUGCACAUUGGACUUUGCAUAUCAUCAUCAUCAGACUUGCACAUAUCCGCAUCACAUUCACAAGUGUUAUAGCAAUGGAUCG